GAACUACUCGUAAAUUGAAAUUAAGCUAAACAGAAGAGGCUCUAAGUUCUAAUUUCCACUUCUCUCCUCGGAUCCUAUAAUCCUUUACCCUUAUCUAGCGUGUGAACAAUGAUAAGGUAUAAAUCAAAGUAAAAAUAAACACACGUACAAGCAACCCCACCACAAAUUUGAGGUUCAAGAAAACCCAAAAAAAAAAUCUUGAAAAUGAGAAGAAAUGGCAAUUUCUAUUACAUCAACAAACAAACUCAUCUCCCCUAUUACAUGUAACACCAACAACAUCAAUAACAAUGGCAAAAGAUUAAACAAUAAACUUCCUCCAAUAUUCAUAUCAACAAACCCAUCACACAUUAACAUUGACACUUUAUCUAAUCUUUACCUCUCUUGCAAUCACUCUCCUCAUCGGUUUCCACUAUCAUCAGACGGUAUCGACAACCGAAAACUCGGUGUUGCAGUGUCUAACAGCUCUGUGGUGGUGUCGGUUUUUGCCGAGGUUGGUGGUGUUGAUGACGUGGAGGAGAGAGAAAAGGGGUUGUGGGGGAGGGUGUUGCCGACGGUGGUGACGCCGGAGAAUGGUGAGUUGGUUGGGUUUGGAAGGGCAGUUUCUGAUCUGGGGUUAACUGCUUCUAUCUAUGAUGUCAUGGUCAUUCCUUCUUUGCGACGGUUGGGAAUUGGUCACAUGAUUGUUCAAAGAAUCUUAAGAAUUCUUACUAAUAAAGGAAUAUACGACAUAUCAGCUCUCUGCUCCGAGGAAGAGAGGUUAUUCUUCGCGGCAUGUGGAUUUGGAGACGAUGUUUUAGGAUCAACAACAAUGAUGUACACAAACACAGCUUCUAGCAUUUCUGACAAUGACCGGAUAAUUACACAAGCUGGUCGAAAACUGCUAGCAGCACCACCUCUAAGACGACCCAUUCUGUCUCAGAAACAACCUCCAAACUUAGCUUGCUGAAAGUGAAUGAAUCUAUCCCUUUAAUCUGUAGAAUAUCAGUAAAUAUAUUCAGAAGUCCUUUUAUGAAUAUAUAUUAUGUUCUUAAGCUCAAAAUCUGCCACUAAAAUUUCUUAUUUAUUCAUAUAUUCUUCCUAUAUGUACAACUAUCAUUUAAAUUAUUUAGUGGUACUAAAAAGAAGGUUAUCCCUU